AUGUGGCUUCUUUUAUUGCUGUGCCUGGUCAUGGGAACUGCCUCUUUUCUCGCCGGCAUCCUUCCUCUAUCUCUCUCGCUUUCGCCGCGCCAGCUACGCCUCAUCACAGCGCUGGGAACAGGCGUCCUUGUAGGGACAUCGUUGAUUGUAAUAAUACCAGAGGGGGUGGAAACGCUGUAUACUUCAAGUGGGAGUGGACAUGGUCACGAUAAAAGAGCGGUGUCUCUAACGGCAAAGAUGCCAAGUUUGCAAGGGGAAGCAUUGCCCAUUGCCCACGGACAUCCCUCAGGACAUUCGAUAGUCGCUGUACGGUCACCAUUGGAGUACGAUGAUACAGAUACCACAUUCAGAACUGGGCCAGAUGAUGGCUUCUACACUUCCGACGACUCGGAUAAACUGGGCCAUGACGGACACGGCAUGCCGAUAGAUCACGAUGACCUUGGACAGGAUUCUGCAAGCGACGACGAAGAUGACAGGGAAAGCCAUGACCCGCAUGCAUGGAUUGGCAUAUCUCUGAUCUUGGGCUUCAUCCUCAUGUACCUCAUCGACACACUCCCUCAACACGCCACCACGCCAUCCAAGCCACAGCGAUUUCAGAUCAGCUUGAACCAGUUCAGUUUCAACCGUUCAUCCUCGACGUCGAAUGAAAAUGCCGAACAACCUGCUGCAGACACGUUCGCUACAUCGGACACGGCUUCCCACCCCCAAGGCUCUACUGGACGACCCAGUUCCACGACUGUGGGCCUGGUCAUCCAUGCCGCUGCAGACGGCAUCGCUCUCGGAGCCUCAUCCACCAACUCGAACAGCAAGCUAAGCUUUAUCAUCUUCAUCGCACUGAUGAUCCACAAAGCGCCAGCAGCUUUCGGCUUGACGUCCGUCUUGCUCAAACAAGGCCUGUCCAAGCGAAUGGCAAGAGCACAUCUCAUCGUCUUCUCGCUGGCCGCCCCCAUUGGAGCCAUCCUGACUUACGCCGCCGUGCAUCUCUUCGGCUUCUCGUCCGCAUCCCUCAGCAACAACACUAGCACGGAGUUCGCCACUGGUGUUCUCCUCCUUUUCUCUGGCGGGACCUUCCUCUACGUGGCCAUGCAUACCAUGCAGGAGACCGGGGCUGGGGAACACUCGCACGGUGAAGGGCAAGCCAUGAACGGCUACGCUGGCGUUCCCAUGGACGAUCCAUACUCUUCGCAUGCGCCAACCGCACCCAAACCGCAAGGGCCGGCGUUGGUGGACACGUUGGUCACUGUUGGUGGCAUGUUACUGCCGCUCCUCACGCAGUUUGGGCAUGGACAUUAG